AUGCUGGGGUUGGGGCCGCUGGCGCUCAAUCUGGCUAGUGCAAUCCCGGAGGCUCCCCUGAAAGUCGACUGUGCCGGUGCGCAGGGACACCACAGCGGCCAACCACGUUCACAGAAAAAGACGACGGUGACGAGAAGCGGCACCACGCGACGCCCAGAGGAACAGGAACAGGAGCAGGAACAGCAGCAGGAUUCACAGCAGCAGGAGCAGGAGCAGGACGACGAUAACCACCACCACGACGAAGCUAUUGCCGUGCGUCGCGCCCUGCAGCAGCAUCCGACCGCCGUCCCCGUCCCCGUCCCCGUCCCCUCACCGUCUGCCUCUGCGGCCCAGCGACGCCACUCCUCCAGAACCUCCAGACUCCGCAACCCCGGGCCCAAACCGCCGCAACCGCCAGCGACAUUCGCGACAGCCCGUCCUCGACUCCCCAAUCUGCCCGGCCGCCACGGCCCCUUCCCAACGGCUUCCCACGCACACAGUCGCUCCACGAACUUGUCAUCGGCCGCCCUAGAUGCACUCCAGGAGAGCCUCCGCGCCCACUCGCUCGACCACGACCACGACCACCCAGACCAUCCCCAGGAGCCUCCAGCUGCUCCGCCAGUAGACGACCAUCAUCCGCCCUCUCAUCCGCAGCAACAAACCCCAAAGCAAGAGCGCCAACAUCACCACCAGCGCCCCUCGGCCGGCAGGAAUCUGCUCGCCAGAAGCAACCCCUACGCCAAUCCAGCCCUGCUGCAAUCUCCCGCCCGAGCCGCCGCCGCAUCUGCUCAGCUGCGCCCUGCCGCUGCCCGCCUCUGGAAUCCCACAAACUCCACCCCGAGAGGCCUGCCGUCGCGACGACCCUCCCGGAGACGACGUCCCUCCACCCCUCCGCCGCCCCCCGUUCCCAUCGACCAUCCCGUCAUCGAUAUCACCUCCGACCCCACCGAUCCUGCCACUGCAGCAGCCGGCGACUAUCCCCUGUUGACGCUCCCCGAGUUGCGACAGAACCGUCAUUCCGCCUCGACCCGUGCAAGCCUCCAGAUCGAGGGACGCGCCAGCGGUGACCGCCGGAUCAGUCUUCCGAAAUCACUCCGCCACUCUUACGACGAGAAAGCCGGCUCUGUCGUUGUCCCGCUUGAAGAGCCCAAAGCCACCCCCUCACGGCCCAAGCUCCAUACUCGUUCCAGGACCAGCAGCUUCCGGGAGAGAGCGCGAGCACUGAGUUUUGGCUUGGUUCGCCCCGAGAAGAGCAGUGACUCUCCCAAGAGGCUUGAUAAGGGCAAAGGCAAAGCAACCAUGGCCCACUCGGAAACUGACAAUCCGAAGAGGUCCGCCUCGAGGGACCUGGAGAGAGGGCCCGAUGUCCUUCCCCGCCUCAGCCAGUCCAACAUGUCCAUACCGGACGGUAUUGGGUCUGCCAUCUCGUCGAGCAACUCUUCUAUAAUGGGCGAUCCUGACCAGCCGGGUAUCGCCGAGGAAUGGGGCCCCCAGCAUCCCUGCUUUCCUCACCUCAACCCCCAUGUGCCCAUAAACUCGCCAGAAUACGCCACCACCCGCAUAAUACGAGUCAAGAGAGACUGGCUGGUAGAAGGCGACCUGGCUCCCACCUUCUCUAACCUCUAUCCCGAGAUUCUGGAUCCGGCCGGCGUGUCCGAGCAGGAGUUCCGUCGGCUGAUUGAGAAGCUCAACGGCGAAUUAGUUCCCAUCUUCAGCCCCUACAACUGGAGGAAUAUCGUUGAUGGGGUGCUGGGCCUGCUUACUGGCUGGAUUUGGGACGACAUGGGACUCACCAAUACCAAGAGCCGCCUGCGAGCCUUGGAGUCCUGGAUCGACAAGUGGAACACGGAGAUGGAGAAGACCGUUGGGUCAGAAGAGGGGAUCAUAGCGCCCAAGAUCAUUCCACUGCGGAGAACGGGCUAUAUGAAUCUCGAUAUUCAAAUACCAGAUCCAGAGAUAGCUCCGGCAGCCAGUCAACCAUCGUCGCGUUCCGGCGUUCCAGCCGAACCCGAGCUGGCCCAUACCACAGAGCACAUGAGCCAAUCCCCGUAA